CUCCACUAUCAAUCAACAAACAAAGAACUGACUCUAUGCUCUGUUUGUUUCGUCGGGCCACCAAAUCGCCAAAAACAGCUAGGCAAAUUGCUCUUCUUCCUCCCCGUCCUGUCACCCAUCACCACCAAAAUCAUUUCCUAAAACGUCCCAUAGCUACCUACCUUCUUCCACUCCCUUUUCUUUUCCCACAUUUGAGUUGAACUUAGCUUCCUUCUUGGGAUCCGUAAGAAUGGAGCAGAAAAGCUUGUUCAUUUCGGCAUUGGGUGUAGGGGUCGGGGUUGGGUUGGGAUUGGCGUCCGGCCAGGCCGUCAGCAAAUGGUCCGGCGCCGGCGCCGCAGCUAGCUCUGCUGCCGGCGGCGUCACCGCCGACCAAAUCGAGCUCGAGCUCCGGCGGCUUGUCCUCGACGGCAAGGACGCUGACGUGACGUUUGAUAACUUCCCUUACUUCCUCAGUGAAAGGUCGCGGGAAUCACUUACUAGUGCAGCAUAUUUUCAUCUGAAUCACAUGGAUAUGUCUCGACACACUCGAAAUCUCCCGCCUGCUAGUAGGGCAAUAUUGCUUUCAGGACUUGCGGAACUUUGCCAGCAAUCUCUUGCAAAGGCACUUGCUCAUCAUUUUAAAGCAAAACUGCUUCUACUGGAUAUAUCCAACUUUUCACAAAAGAUACAAAGCAAAUAUGGCGGUGGUGUCAAAACAGAGUCUUCCUCCAAGAGGUCCCUCUCAGAGGUCACACUGGGAUCUGUGUCCAACUGGCUUGGUUCUUUCUCAAUCCUUCCAGGAAAAGAAGGUAGUGGAGGCAUAUUACCUUGGCAAACCAGUGGACUAGAUGUCAAGUCAAGGAAUGCUGAAGGUUCAGAAAACACUCUAAAGCAACGCAGAAAUGCCUCCAUCUCUUCAGCUCCAACUAGACGAUCCAACAACUGGGCAUUUGAUGAAAAAUCUCUCUUGCAGUCCCUUUACAAGGUUCUAGUUUCGGUCUCAUCAACUGAGUGUAUCAUUCUCUACAUCAGGGAUAUAGAUAGACACCUUCAAUGUCCACGAUUUUACCAUCUUUUUGAGAGAACACUGAAUAAAAUAUCAGGGUCGGUCUUGGUUCUUGGGUCCCGAAUGAUAAAACUUCCCGUUGAAGACCAUGGUGGAAUUGAUGAAAAAGUCAGUCUAUUGUUUCCCUACAACAUUGAGAUAAGGCCACCCGAAGAUGAGACUCACCUUUCUAAAUGGAAGUCCCAACUGGAAGAGGAUAUGAAGAUGAUCCAGUUUCAGGACAACAGAAAUCAUAUCGCGAUUGUACUUGCAUCAAAUGACAUUGAAUGUGAUGAUCUAGGGUCAAUCUGUCAAGCAGAUGCUAUGGUUCUGAGCAACUACAUCGAGGAAAUCAUAGUUUCAGCAAUAUCAUACCAUCUGUUGCAUAACAAGGAUCUAGAAUAUCGAAAUGGAAAGCUUGUUAUAUCAUCGAAGAGUUUGUCCCAUGGGUUAAGCAUAUUCCAGGAAGGAAAGAAAGGACACAGAGACUCUCUCAAACUGGAGACAAAUGCUGAAAAAGCAGACACCCUUGUGAAAAAUGCUCCUGAAAAUCCUCCAGACAAUGAAUUUGAAAAGCGCUUAAGGCCUGAGGUAAUUUCUGCAAAGGACAUUGGGGUGACUUUUGAAGAUAUUGGUUCACUGGAUGAGACUAAAAAAUCACUUCAAGAACUGGUUAUGCUUCCUCUUCGGAGACCUGACCUCUUCAAUGGUGGACUUCUUAAGCCCUGCCGAGGCAUAUUGCUGUUUGGUCCUCCUGGUACCGGAAAAACUAUGCUGGCAAAGGCUAUUGCCAAUGAAGCUGGAGCAAGCUUUAUAAAUGUCUCCAUGUCAACCAUCACAUCAAAAUGGUUUGGUGAAGAUGAGAAGACUGUCCGAGCUUUGUUCACUCUUGCAGCCAAAGUUUCUCCAACAAUUAUUUUUGUGGAUGAGGUCGAUAGCAUGCUUGGGCAGCGAACAAGAGAGGGAGAGCAUGAAGCUAUGCGUAAAAUUAAGAAUGAAUUCAUGACUCAUUGGGAUGGAUUAUUGACAAAAGCUGGUGAGCGCAUACUCGUUCUUGCUGCAACCAAUAGGCCAUUUGACCUUGAUGAAGCAAUUAUCAGGCGGUUUGAGCGGAGAAUUAUGGUUGGUCUACCAUCAGCGGAAAACAGAGAAAAGAUCUUGAGAACUCUACUAGCAAAGGAAAAAGUAGAAGAUAUUGAUUUCAAAGAGCUUGCAACAAUGACAGAUGGAUACAGUGGAAGUGAUCUCAAGAAUUUGUGCGUCACAGCAGCUUACCGACCAGUGAGAGAGCUAAUACAGCAAGAGCGAGAGAAGGACAUGGAGAAGAAGCACAAAGCUGUGGAAGGACAAAGCACAGAAGAUGUGCCAGACAAAAAAGAUGCAGACAAAAAAGAUGAGGCAGAGGAAAGAGUCAUCACUCUGAGGCCAUUGAAUAUGGAAGACAUGAAGCUAGCAAAGAAUCAGAUUGCUGCUAGUUUUGCUGUGGGGGGAUCCAUAAUGGCUGAGCUCAAGCAAUGGAAUGAACUAUACGGAGAAGGUGGUUCGAGAAAGAAGGAACAGCUGUCUUACUUCUUUUAGACAGUCAGAUACACACACUAUUUGACAUUCUUGUGAUGUAGCGAUACUUAUGAUGGCGUGCUAGAUAUCUUCCCCGAGUCUUGGAACGGCACAGAGACUACACACCGCAUCAUAGAGAUUUGCUGCAUCUCCUCAUUUUAAUUGCUCAAGCAUUUCCUUUCAUUUGUGUAUGGGUUAUUGAAGCCUGUAUACUAUAUAUAAUAGGGAAGUAUUUGUCCCAUAUGUAUCUCAUUGUGAACUAUAUAUGUAAUUAUGUAGUAAAAACGUUAAUAGUGUGUUUUAAGUUUAUAUAUGUUGUGAAAUGAAUGGUAUUUUAAUCAGUUCAUUCUUAUUUAGUGUAUUUCUGGAA